AUGCUGUUCCUGCGGAGUCUGAUCUGCAUUUGUUUGCUUGCCGUAGCGACUGGCAUUCCUGUUGCAGGAGCUGUUUCACAUGGCGAUGAUCCCGUUCUGGAUAAAGACAUGAUCGAACAAAUCAAUUCUGACAAGGACAGCUUGUGGACUGCAGGAGAGACUGAAAUAUUCAAGGGAAUGACUAUGAAAGAAUUCCGAUCAUCAAUGCUUGGUCUUCGCUUGGAUAGAGAUUACUCUGAAGUUCCCGUCAAAGUUCACUCGAGUACUGCAUUGAAAGAUCUCCCGGAGUCGUUCAACUGCUAUGAAAACUGGCCAAAUUACAUGCACCCAAUUAGAGAUCAAGCACGCUGCGGAUCGUGCUGGGCAUUCGCAGCCUCUGAGGUACUUUCGGACAGAUUCGCAAUUGCGAGCAAUGGGACAGUGAACAAGAUCUUGUCUCCAGAAGACUUGGUGAGUUGCGACAAGGGAGACAUGGGUUGCCAAGGCGGAUACCUGGACAAGGCCUGGGACUACCUGAAGACGAAUGGAAUCGUCACCGAAUCUUGCUUUCCGUAUGCUGCCCAGAAGGGCGUCGCCCCAUCUUGCAGGAUUUCUUGUGUGGAUGGCGAGCCCUACAAGAAAUACAAGGCCUCGGAUUAUUACCAGCUCACUACCGAGGAGGACAUCAUGAAGGAGAUCUACCUCAAUGGGCCUGUUGAGGCAGGCUUCCGCGUCUACACGAGUUUCAUGUCGUACAAGAGUGGAGUUUAUCAUCACAGGAUUUUGGACAUCAUGGAGGGGGGGCACGCGAUCAAGAUCGUUGGAUGGGGGGUCGAGCCUCCGAAACGUUUCUGGCAGAAGCCCACUAAGUAUUGGAUCUGUGCCAACAGCUGGACAGCUGACUGGGGCAUGAAUGGAUUCUUCAAGAUCCGUCGUGGCAAAAACAGGUUUGGACAGAGCGAGUGUGGAAUCGAAGACCAAGUUUUCGCUGGACACCCCAAGCUUGACAGUUAA